AUGUCAGGUCUAUCGCCAGAGCAACUCGCAGCGUUCCACCGCGACGGGUUCCUCGUGAUCCCUCACGCUCUAUCUGCUUCGACGUGCGAUACGUUGCGAGCCCGAGCGCGUGAACUCGUCGCACAGUGCGAUCAACUCAGCUCUCGCUCCGUCUUUACGACAAACGAACAGACGCGCCGCAUGAAUGACACGUAUUUCCUCGACUCGGGCGACACAAUUCGCUGUUUCUUUGAGGAAUUCGCGUUCCAAGACGACGAGAAAGCGACACUAACAGUGCCUCUAAACAGGGCAAUCAACAAGAUUGGCCACAAUCUCCACAAUCUCGACCCCGUGUUUGAGACAGUGAGCUACGCGCCCGAUGUAAACUCCAUUCUCAAGUCCCUCCAGUACGUGCGCCCUGCAGUUGUACAGUCCAUGUACAUUUUCAAGCAGCCAAAGAUUGGCGGAGAGGUCAAGCCCCAUCAGGACGGCAGCUUCCUGUACACAAACCCACAGUCCGUUGUGGGGUUCUGGUGGGCUCUAGAAGACUGUACACAGGAGAACGGGUGUCUACAUGGCGUGCCGGGAUCGCACUUGACUGUGCCCGUGCGGCAGAAACUGCGACGCACUACGAAAGAACAACAAGAGGCGAAUGGAGGGCAACUGCUGGAAAAUGUGCCCGAGACGGUAGAGCCUUUCGAUGUGAGCAAUAGCCAGCCAUUGCUCAUGAAGAAGGGAGACCUGGUGCUGCUGCAUAACGCGUUUGUGCACUACAGCAACGCCAACCGGUCGCUUGACUCUCGCCACGCGUAUUCAAUCCACGUGGUGGAAACUCACAACGUGGAGUACCCGAAGGACAACUGGCUGCAAACUACAGGUAACAUGCCGUUGAAGCCCAUGUACGAGAGCUAA